AUGAAGCUUAAACAGCAAGUGUUAAAGGCAUUCUUAGGCUGCAUAUUACGACUAGUUGAAUCACUUCAAUCAUUUAAAGGUGCAUGUCCAGAGCGUCCCAUAUUUAACCAAAAGGUAACUGAAGUGACUCCUCUUAAUAUACCCUUUACACUUGUAUUGAUUUCUUCAACUGAUAUAGUGGAAGAGAAUACUACGGUGGAUAUAGUGUCGGAUUCUUAUCAAUACCAAAAUUCGUAUUUAAAAAGGUAUCUCAAGUAUCAUUACUACGUUGCCAGGAUUAAGAAUCGGGAACGAUCCUUUGCUUUUGGCAGUAUAGAUUUAACAAAUAUGGCUACCCUUUUUGACGGGAUAAUAUACGAGAGUGGCAAAUUGCAUUUUGUGGAAGGAAUACAAGUUUGGAAAAAUUUAACCUCAGAUUUGUUGGGAAAGAGCGCGUUAUCCGACAAAUGGGGGAUGAGGAAAUGGGUAAAGGAAAAAAAAUACAUGUAUUACACGGAAGAUGACAUAGAACCGUGGUACCGUAUUAACGAUACUCUAGGAGUACCAUCAGUUCGCGAUAAAUCGGGGUUGAGUAGAGUAUGGAGACGACAAUUGGAUGUAAAAGCGGAGGCGAUCAAUAACCAAGGAAACUCUCGCGAAUGGUAUUCUAACAAUAAAAAGGUGUGCGGCGUUAACGUAUUGUUAGAUUCUUAUUUGAUGGAAAAGGUGUAUCAUUACGAUAUCAGAGAAGCCAUACAUGAAACUAUUAUACUUUACGGAGCGUUAGACUUUCUGUACCGAAUUGUUGAUUUUGCCGGUAUCAAGCAACCAAAUCAUUUUGGAUUCCAAAUAGCGAAAAUAACGGUGGUUAUAAAGAAAAACGAUCCCGUGACUCAGCAAAAUGUAUACCCCUUAGCUAACAAAUAUAUGGCACUGAUAUCAUCUAUGGGCUUGGGAGACAAUAGAUGUUUAGGUAUCAGCUUCACGUUUCAAAAUUUUAGAGGUAUUCAGGGACAGGCUUGGAUUGGUGCCGACGAGACCGGAAUAUUUAUGGAUAAAAGUAGUAAAAGGCCCGCAAAUGAAAACCAGAAUGUGGCGUACGUUAAUUUUUUCCUGUAUAAAAAGGGAGGAGUCAGAACGAGAGGUUCGAUCCUCAGCAUAUUAGCCCACGAAGUAGGCCACACUUUCGGAGCCGAGCACGAGGAAGACACUGCAUGCAUUUCGAGUACCAUAUUAUUGAUGAACUCUCGCUCUAGGGAAUCAAAUAGGUUCGAUAACUUUAAAUUCAGUAAAUGCAACGUCAGAUUGAUCAAAAGGAUCAUAAGAAAGAGGAUGGGCAAAUUCAUAAAAUGUCCUCACGAAUUGAGAGUGUACGAUGACUUCUUUUAUCCUAGGUAUGGAAGAAUCUGUUAA